CUGGCACAUGACUGUUUGUUUGUUACUGUACUGUAGUAGUGUACUUCCUCCCACAAGUUAUAACAAACUUUUAUUUUGUAGGGAUUUUAUUUUUGUACUUUUGGUUUUCUAUAUUACACUUCAUUUACAUAAUCCUUCCCAGCAAGUUAUCUUCAUUUUCAUUUCACUUCUUCAUUUCCAUUGGUACGAAUAGUUCUUGCUUGUGGAUUCUAAAAGUGUUAACUUUUUCAGGAAGAAUGGAUUCAAAGUCUGUGAAAGAUUUGCCUGAAAGACCUAGCUAUAGGAAGAGGAAGGCUGGCUAUGUAGGGAAAUCUUUGCAAGAAACUUCAUCGGCUACACCCGCCAAGACUGGCGAUGGCACAUCAAUCUGGGAUGACAAUUUUCCAUUUGGAGACUUUGUUGAUAAGCAUUUCAACAUGAAAACGGACUAUUCAGCAUUUGAGGCGUGGGAGUUAGAAAAUUGUGCUCAAGUUAUGCUAGAAAAUUCUGUUCAAUCGGUCGUCUUUGUCCGUUGUAUGGGGAAAAAGGUUUGUGAUUUGGAAAAGAAAAACAAGGCUUACGUUGAAGAGAAUACCGAAUUAAGAAAUAAGUUGUCUGAAUCGGAGAAGAACGUAGAUAAGUUGGAGAAAAAUUUGGAAGAAUUAAGCUUGGAAAAAAGUCGAUCAAUGGUAAAAGAAGAAGAUUUGGCAGAGGAAAAUUCUAAGAUGAAAAUAAAAUUACUCAUCAAAGAAGAUAUGAUUGACAAGUUGAAAGGCGUAAUUGAAGAUUUGAAAGCUGAAAUUGAAGAGGUGAAGGCUGAAAUUCCAGUGCAGUACAAUGCUGGGUUUGAUAAGGCAGUCAAGCAAAUUUUAGUUUCAAUAUCUGAACUUAAACAUUGACCAAGUUGGAUUCUCUAAAAUUAUUCAUAUUUACUUUGGAUCGAAAGUUUAGCUUAAUGAAGUUUAUUGUAAGAUAAUGCCCUCUUAAAUUUAUGUAUUGGCUUAACCAAGGUCUUGGCUACGCCACUGUUUAAGAAGAAGCAAGCCCACUUUAAUAUCUUGAAUUAUAGAACGCAAG